UCUUUGGAAUUGUCCUCCACCCCCACCUCUAACAUAAAAUGGUUUGACCUCUGAUCAAAAUUUGAUGUCCUUUUGACAUGAAACCAUAUUUUCUCAAAAUAAUCAUUGUAGUAUAAACAAAAGGAGCCCCAUUGUGUGUGAGGGCAUUUGUGUACUACUACAACCUUUAAUAACAUAGUUAUUACAUAUUUUAUGUCUAUAAAGUUCAUAUAACUUACACGAAACAAGAUUUUCCCAAUAUAAUUGUUGUAGUAUAAACAAAAGGAGCUAAUUUAUGUGUGAGGGGAUUUUGGUACUCUUCUACCUUUCAAUGGCAAAGUUAUUACACAUUUUAUGACAGAAAUAUUCAUAAAAAUUACAUAAAACCAUAUUUUCCCCAAAUAAUUAUGGUAGUGUAACCUGCCUGGAUGGAUUGUUGUGUGGGGUGAUUUAUUUUACGCCACACUAUUCCUUGGCAACACGAUUGAUUUUAUUUUUUUGUAGCGUCUCUCUUCAGUAUUGCACUUUGUAGACGGUCCCUGCUCGACUGAGCCAGAACCGACAGCGCACUGUAGUCAACUGAAGUCGUCGCGUACGAAGGGCGGCUCGUAAUGUUUAAAAUGGAGCUGUAGCUUGACUGGCUUCAGAUAUAAGUGUUGUUUUUUUCUGAAAGCAAUGUUCCGUUAAUUACUUAUUGACACGGGAACCGCGAAUAUCUUUCUAACUUUACCUAACUGGAUGAGACUGGGAGGGAUGGAGUGACGGUGGAGCCGCUGGUCCACCAGGAGGGACAGAGUCAGACCACGGAUGAGAGAGAGAGAGAGAGAUAGCGAGCGUCAGAGUGCAGUGGGAGGAGCUUGCUGCUCAGUCAUUAUGGCCAGCUAACUUAACAGGAGGCAACAGGAGAGAAGGAGCAAAGAAAAGGGGAGAUGUGGGUGAGUGGGGCAUCUAAUAUCAUCUUGUCCCGGGCCCAGGGAAGGCUGUCAGCUGGCCUGCAAUAAGUUUGAAUAGCUUUUUGCUGUAAUGGAGUCUUAGCUACAGAUUAGAAUCUGUAUAUGGAAAGCAUUAAUAGCAGCAUGACUGUGUUGUUUUCUACUUAAAGGUGGCGAGCAGGCACACACACAGGAGAGCGGUGAUGCAGGCCUCUCUUCCAAAAUGAAGCACAAGUUUUGUGAGAAGUACACCGACAGCUCUCUGUCUGUCGAAGAGGAAAGCAGAACAGUGAGACCCAUACCUAAGGAAGAAGCGCACAUGUCUGAAAUGUCCGAGACAAUGCCGCCACCCCCGUCUGAAUUUGGUCUCAAGUCCGAGCCUGUUGUGCAAGAGUUGGUAAAACCGAGCGGUUUAUCUGUGGUCGAUGGAAACAAACUUCAACCACAGUUUCCGCAGAAAGGUCAGCGAGACAAUCGAAAGGAAGACGAAGAAGCACUGAAGGCUUUACCCGGAACAACAGCCAUUACGGGGGCGGAGGGAGGAGCGAGCUGCAUCAUGGACCCUGGGAUGGAUGCCGGAGGAAGAAACCGAGCCAAGCGUGCAGCAGUGGUUCCUAAAAGGGGAAGAAAACGAAGCCGUUACAGGAAGAGAGCUGGCGCUGAGAACAACUGGAAAAUGUUCCAGCGCUUAGUGGUAGUUUUGUCCAUGAACGUUGUCGUCUGUGAGGGAUUUCCUGCCAAGAAAUCUGCUGCUUGUUUUACCUGCAACGACUACGAGAAAUGCCGAGACCUUAAUGCCAUAUAUGGCACUGCUGACAAUAAUCUGUACCAGAGAGGCAUCAAUGACACAAUCCAAGAGUGCCCUAAAAUCCCUCCACCGACUCCUGAGGCUGCCGCCACCUGCACUGUGUGCCACGUCCAAUCCAUCGUCUACAUUAGCUGCUCAGAGGGCGUCACUGACAUCCAGCCAGAACAUGACGGCGUCACAUUGACCGUCACUAAGGGGUGCGACCAGCAGCAGAAGCCUGGACAGGAAGUCGAAGGAGGGAUUCCUGAUGACUGUCCUUGCCGUGAACGUCUGGGGCUGAUUGCUGUUGCUGGAGUGUUGGUGACCUUCAUGAUCUUCUGUUGCUGGAAGUGCAACAGGUACUUUUAUGACCCAGUCAUUUAUUAUCCUUUCCAUAGUAAAAAAAAAUAAAAAAUUUUAAAACAAAAUCAUUGGUUUUUACACUUUAAUCUCUUUAAAAAAUAUAUAGUAGUUUCAAAUAUUCUAAAAUUAAAAAAUUCCCUAGCAGUGAGACAGAUAAAGUAUGUUUAUUAAAUAUAUCUUCACAUGUUUCUCUAUUUUUUAUUUUUUUGAAACAGGGCUAAGAAAAGGCCAACAACAGACAACAGUGCCUGAUCGUGAUCAUCUCCACGGCGUGCCCAUCGGACCCAGCUUGCUACGCUUUGCUUUGCCAUCGUCUUGUCUGACAUGAUAGAAAAAAAAUAAUAAAAAUCCACCUGGUCGUCAGAAUUCUUCCGAUAUUUAUCGUCAUCGCAGAGACACCAACUUCUCACAUCGGAGAAGCUGGACCUUCUUUUUUUUCUUGAUAGCGGCUAUUUCAAAUGCCAAAGUAACAGCUGGCUAAUCAUGUAUUGAUAUCUAAUAAUGAUGCUUAAAACCGCUGUGUGUACGGAUCACGAUUAAAGAAAACGCUUUGAGCA